CGUCGCGCUUCAGUGACGCUUUUGACGUCAUCUUUGUAGUCCACAACAAUCAGCAUGGCGGAGCCGACUGUGCGGAUGUCAGGAAUUGUGUUAGCUUCACUGAUGUUCCAGCAUGUUAACAGUGAUUCAGACGUGGAAGGUCUGCUCCUCGGAGAGAGCCGGUUUGAGGAGCAGGUCACCAUCAGCGACUCUCAGGCGGAUCAAAUCCACAUCGAGGAAACAUACAACGUCCAGAAACACAUCGCCUGCUCCAAACCCAACCAGUUACAUAACGGGGUCGGAGAGGUGGACCUGGACGCUGUACAGAACAUCCUGGCAGACAAUAAGCAGGAGAGCGUGAUCGGGUGGUACCGACAGCGCAGGAACACUGACCAACAGAUGACCUUCAGAGAGAAAGUGGUCCACGAGAAGCUGAAGGCGUCUCUGUCCAACCCCCACAUGAUCUUUGUGCUGCUGACGCCGAGCAAGCUCACCCCCGCGGGGUCCACACACAGGACGGAGUACGCCGCCUUCACCUCACGCAGCAGGAGGUUCUUAAACGUUCCUGUUCUGGUCAAUAAUCUGGGUUUACUGGAGCAGCUGGCGUACUGGAAGGUUUCUGCUCCGUGUUCUGCAGCUGGUUACAACAUGACCAUGAAGAAACACGGGUCCAAGUUUUUCUCGUCUGACGGGCUGCUGAGAGACGUCAGCGAGGUGAAGGACAUGAACGAGUCUCUGCAGGAGGAGCUGCAGAAAGCGUGCAGCGAGGUGGAGGAGAGCGAGCGUCUGGUGGAAACUCUGCAGGUGGAAGUCUCCGCUCUGAGGAGGAGACUGAGAGAGAAGAAGAAGAGGAGCGGAGCAGAGAAAGAACCAGACGAGGAUCCAGCCGAGCAGAAGAAGAACCUGCGGCUGCACGAGGCGGUCCGAGCUCUGUUCUCCCGCUCCCCUCUGUUCCACACUCAGACUUUAAAUCUGGAGGGCUUUCCUGUUCCUGACGUCUGCUGCGGCCCCGAGCGGGAAACUCACAACAAUCCCACAUCAGGCGAAGGUCAGGAAACGCUUUGUGAGCCGCUGAACCCGGGCAGGAGACCCUCUGUGAAGAGGCCGAAGGAAAUGCUGCCGGGGAGGGAGAGGAAAUGCAGGAAGAGCAAAUCCUGAUGACGGGGAACACUUCCUCUUCCUCCACGACCUUCAGACUGAAGGAGAAACAUCACAGGGAUAUAAACAUGGCGGCUUGAAGCGGCGGUCCGACAUUAUUUUAUAUUUAUUUUGUAAAAGGUUAAUCAGAAUAAAAAUGUUGUUUUUUUCUAAGA